AUGCUGUGUGCAAUCUGCCAAGAAACGAUUAAUGAUUGUGUAUCGUGCUAUGGUUGUAAAAACCAUCUCUGCUACGGCUGCGCUGGCUUGGAAGAAAAAAGCUAUCGUAGACUCAAUCAAGACAAAAAAUCUGCAUGGAGGUGUGCUCAUUGCAAGAAUACAAAAAACGAAACAUCGAUCAACGAAGUCAUAUUGAAAGAGAUCCGCGACAUUAAAAGUAGGGUUAACUCUAUACCGGAAUUGUUGGAAGAUGUCAAGACCAUCAAGUGCGAACUGGAGGAACUAAAAGACGCUUGUAAUGAAAACAACAAGCGAUUGGACGAGUUUGACACCACAAUUGCAACAAUGGAGGAAAACGUAUCAGAGAUCAAUCAUAUCAAGGACAAGCUUGCCAUAACGCGCGUUGAUUUUGAUCGCAUCCACCAUUAA